CCUUCCCCCGACAGGCGGAGCGCUUCCCAUUGGACCAACUGUUUCCCGGGGCUCCCACAGUCAGUAGACCGAAUGCGCGCGCUUACACGCUAUAUGUGCUAUAUGGCAUCCUUGGGACGUCCCUUAACUGAUUGAAGUUGACAUUUAAAAUGGUUAAGGCAAUGGUUAGGUUAUGGGUAUGGUUUGGGUAAGGACGUCCAAAGGAUCCCAGAUAGCAGCAGGCAGCCAACCGUUCCAGCAGCUCUCCCGCACAGAUGCGCGAGCCAACUUGUCAGUUGGUCUCAUUUCGGAGGGGAACGGAGCGGUUCGAUCCGAGCAGUAUGAGGAACCACUGACGGUGGAAACGAUGAUAAUCACGAAAUCUUCCCCGGACAGAAGGAUUUAACCUGCAGUCCCACUGCUCACCCCUUCCCGUUUUAUUUCCACCUCUAGAGAUACGGACCUAACGUUAGCGAAAUUUCUGUACCAUCUCCAUUGUAAGACUAUCUCUCCCUUUGAUAUUUUUUAACCCCGUACAUUAAGGUUAGAGUGUCUUGACACGAUGUGGAAAACCGGGCUCCUUCUCCUCUUUUGGGGACUAUUAACAUCCAGUGAACUCCAGCAAGAAGCAACGGAGCCGGAGCCCCGAAAUCAACCACCGUCGGGAAAGUUGGAUUUUGGCUAUGUGCCCCAGGGAGUUUACAAAACCCUCGCCUAUUACGAACCUGGAGUAAUAGGGAUACUGUUCCACAUGGUGCACGCUUUUCUAUACGUCGUGCAGCCCAACCCUUUCCCUGAAGAUCUCGUCGUCAAAGUCGCCAAGGAUAAAUUUGGAGCCAUUCAGUCGGAGUAUCAGAAGCCAGAGAACAUUGUGCUGACGCUCCAGGCCAUCUACUAUGAGACAGGCUUCAUGGUGUGUGCCGUGCUCGGCCUGCUCUUCAUUGUCCUACUGCCCCUGGUUGGCCUCUUCUUCUGCCUGUGCCGCUGCUGCGAAAACUGUGGCGGCGAGAUGCACCAGCGCCAGCGGAAGAACGCUGACUGCCAACGGGGCCUGCUCACCACACUGCUCUUCGCCACCUCGCUCAUCAUCACGGCUGGAGUACUGUGUGCGUAUGCAGCUAACCAGAACCUGAGCUCCCAGCUGGAAGGCAUGAAAAGACUGGUUAGCAGCAACCUGGAGGACCUGCAGACCUUUGCCAAUGAGACACCAACGCAAAUUGAUUACCUAAUAGCACAAUACGCCACUGCCAAGUACACAGUCAUUUCUGACCUAGAUAAUGUGGGUCCUCUGCUUGGAGGGAAUAUCCAUGUGGAAUUGGGCACAGAGGUGCAUCCUGCACUGGACGGGGUGCUCCGUAUGGCUGGAGUCAAAGUUCAGAGGGCCAUUAAAGCCAUGCGGGAGACCAAGGAGGCCCUGGAGAACGUGAGUGUGUCUCUGGAGGUUCUCCAGGAGGCGACAGGGAAGCUCCACUUCAACCUGAGCCUGGUGCGCUCUAGCCUGAACAGAACCCUCAACGACCCGGGCUGCAGCGGCGAGGACUCGGAUGCCACCACCACCCAGCUCUGCCGCUCCAUCCACAGCUCCCUGGCACAGCUCCACGUCAGCGCCAACUUCACCCGGUUACCUGAUGUGAACAAUCAGCUGGAAAGUGUGAAUCAGGUGCUGAAAACGGACCUCAGCGAUAUCAUUCAAAAGGGCUUCUCCUCAUUCAAUGACACUCCAGGCAUGGUGAGUGACCAGAUGAGGGAUGUAGUCGAGGGAGCCCGGGGCCUGUUGGACGUCAUCAGCACCAACAUCAGCAGCUUCUCCAAGGUGUUCCCUGUACACAGCUCUCUGGCCAACUUCACCAACUUCAUCAUUCACACACAGUCCAAGAUAGAAGACUCUUACCCUGAGAUCGAUCAGAUAGACUUCUACAGGUGGAUUUGCUGUACUGGCCUCUGCUGCAUGGUGGUUCUCACCCUGGCCUUCAACUUCCUGGCCAUACUGUGUGGCACCAUGGGAUAUGACAAGCACGCCUCCCCUACCACACGGGGCUGUGUCUCCAACACCGGCGGCACCCUUCUCAUGGCCGGUGUGGGUUUCAGCUUCCUCUUUUCUUGGAUACUGAUGGGAGUGGUGACCGCCACCUUCCUUGUCGGAGGCAACGUGGAGAAGCUGGUCUGUGAACCCUUCCACACCAAGGAGCUCUUCAAGGUUUUGGACACUCCUCACCUGGUGAACCCUGAGUGGAGGAACUUCAUCCCAGGGUAUAUGUACAAUGACUCAGAUCUGGAUCUGACAGUGGAGAAUUUCUACAGUAAUUGCAAAAAUAACAGAAGUCUCUACUCUGCCCUGCGCCUGGAUAAAGUCUUCAAUGUCACAACCUUGCUAAACUCCAGCCUGUACACCAAGGAAGUGGCGAAGAUGUUUGACAGUGUGAAGAUUGACCUGAGAGGUAUCGUCCUGCUGGAGUCUGAGGGGAAACAGAGCCUCAUUGACUUCUCUGAGACUGGCAUCGCGGAGAUCAACUAUGCAGCGUAUCUGGCGGAGGUCAACAAAGGGGUGACUCUGGUGGACUUACUGUCGUACGCCAAUGAGCUUGAGGCACAGACGGACCUUAUGCCCAAAGGGCCUCUCCAGACCUCUCUGAAGGGCCACGCCAACAGUCUCCGUCAGAUCCACAGUCAGCUGGUCAUCCCUAUGGAGCAGGCCAUGAAAUAUGUUAGAGCGAGGAGUACGCUGAAUCAGAGCAUCAGACUACUCGAAAGGACUGCCUCAGAUCUGCCGAACAAAAUCACUGAUGUGCUGAAGACCAUCGAAGCGGCCCAGUAUCUCAUCUCCCAGAAUGCAACACAUGUCGCCAUCCAGGAAACAGAAAAGUACAAGCAAACCAUUGUUGGUUACUUCAGGCAAUACAUAGAGUGGGUCAGGACCUCCCUGACCAUGGAGGUAGCAGCCUGCAAACCCUUCAGCAACAUUGUGGACACAGUGGAGAUCGUAGCCUGCAGCUUCUUGGUUGACUCGUUGAACACAUUCUGGUUUGGCCUAGGCUGCUGUGCCCUGUUCCUCCUUCCUAGCAUCAUCCUGUCAGUAAAACUGGCAAAGUUUUACCGUAGAAUGGACACAGAGGAUGUUUACGAUGACAUUGAGACAAUUCCCAUGAAAACUAUGGAAAUUGGUAAUAAUGGUUAUCAUAAUGAGUGUUUACAAGGUAUCCAAAACCCUGUAAUGACAAGCAUCCCUGCCUAUGACACUAUGACUAGGUUCCCAAGGGCCUCAGCUCCCCCUAGGCAUAUCGACUGGUGAGAGAAGGCCGGGCUUUUUGACCGGCUCCAGAAAGGGCCAUCGAAAACUGGAACUGAAACACUAGAUUGACCCCAUCCACUUCCCACCCCUUGAACAAGACAAAGCUCAGAAAAUAUGUCCUUACUGGCAGAAGAAGCCCCUAACAAGAAGCUGAUGUCUUUUGUAUGUGUUCACCUGGCCCUCUCUUCCUCUAUCUCCAUGGAUCUAUUUACUGACAACAUCCUCCUGCCCAGUCACAACCUCUUCUGGAUAUCCAGUGUCCAAUAGGACCCCCUCAGACUCUACACAGGGUGUUGUCAUCAACUCUUCCUUUGAUUUUCCCUGGGGAACAAUAAGGAAGGUGUACAUCUGAGACAGUGUCGGUUGACCUUCACCCUUCACCACACACAGAUGUCUGUUGUGCCUGUGUUCACAUUAGUCUGAGCCGAGGCUGAGUUAAACUGCAGACACAACAACAAUUCAGAGGGCUGUGUACUCUCAAACCUUUUGUACUUCUUCUGUGUUUUGUAAAAAAGCAACUGAAAAGGUAUUUUGACGGUCAUGUAGAGCUGUUACAAGAACAUUUCCAUUUCUUGUCAUAGUUGAAUGAUGUUUUACUAACUGAUUGGGAGAGAUGUUUGAAACACAACCUCGGUGUGGAAAAAGACUUGAAGGUCGUGGAUCGUAGGCCUAUAUGUUUGUGCUUGAAUAAUAUAAGGACAAUUACAAAAUAGCAUGACUUUUGUAUGUUUGCAACAUUAGAAGACAGACAGAGGUUGUUAUCCUUGCUGAGGCAUACUGACUGACUGUUAGACCUGUUUAACCAUAGAAUUUUGACUGAUGACCACCAUAUUUGUAAGAUAUGAGGAAAUAUCUCAUAUCAGUGCAUAACAGGUAGAAUAUCACAUGAACCUGAACAGAAAUGUCAGGAGACUAUAACAUUCCUUAGUUCGUUAAUUUAUUAACAAUAAUGCAAAGUAUCAUGUUGAGUAAACUAACACGGCAUGUUAAUCAAGAUAUUUUUUAGGCUAUUGUAGUGGUCAAACCUUAAAGUGGAGAACUGCUAUUUGAAGCCAAAUUCUAUUCUUACUGUAGGUCUCAGGUCUUUAGUUGUUUAACAGUUAUGCAUAGUAUAUUGUUUCAAUAUUAUAAUUGUUUUAUCCCACAAUAGCUAUUGGUACCUAUGGAACUACAGAAGGGUAAAUGUAUUGAAGAGUUGUUUGUAUAUAAGAGAUGUAUUGCUUAAAGUGAAUGAUGACACCCGGAUGGAUUAUGCUGAAAAACAUUAGCGUGCUGUACAUGCCACCCCGAUAAUAUCACCCAUCUCUUCUCACUUGUUUACAGGUUAUGUUCCUUCUCCACCACUGUCUGCUUCGUAAAGAUGUGGGUCAUUAGCCUACUUAACUACCAUGUGCUGUCAAUCAAAUGGCAUUAAGCCGGUAGAGGUUUGUUGAUGAGAGGAGUGAGGACUUCUUAAUGGUUUGCAUAACUGAUCUUGCCCAUUGCGUCUCGGACAGAAGCUUCACUUCCCAAUAACUAUUACUUAAGUACAUGCCUGCAGACUGCUACCUGUGUAUGCUUAUUACAUCACACGCUAUUGUACUGAGUGCUUAAGACAGACAUUUUGUACGCACCAUAGAUAGUGGGUGCAAUGUUUACUGGUUGUUUUAAGGGUAAAACGGUAAUGUUGGCACUGCUGGUGCCCAUUGGAAAUGAGUGCCCAUGAUGAAGAUCUGAAAGUGUAUAAAUUGUGAAUAAAACAUUCAAUUUCA